ACCAAUCAGAAGCGAGCAGCUGGACUAUAAGUGUCGAUCUCAGAUGAUCGCAGCGUCAGGAGAUCCGCUGCAGGUUCCUCAGUGUGUCGGCCCCACAAAAUAGGGAUCUUUGUCUCAAUUCCUGGUAGUAAUAGUUCUCAUCCUCAAAUCAGAAAGCAGAAAGCAGCCAUGCCUUUUGGAAACACUCACAACGAAUUCAAGCUCAAGUACUCCUCCGAGCAGGAGUACCCGGACCUGAGCAAGCACAACAACCACAUGGCCAAAGUCCUGACUCCGGAGAUGUACGAGAGUCUGAGGAGCAAGCAGACCCCCAGCGGCUUCUCCCUGGACGACGUCAUCCAGACCGGAGUGGAUAACCCAGGCCACCCCUUCAUCAUGACCGUGGGCUGUGUGGCCGGAGACGAGGAGACGUACGAGGUCUUCAAGGAUCUGCUGGACCCUGUGAUUGAGGACCGACACGGAGGAUACAAACCCACAGACAAGCACAAGACCGACCUCAACCCUGAGAACCUGCAGGGAGGCGACGAUCUGGACCCCGAAUACGUCCUGAGCUCACGUGUCCGAACAGGCCGCAGCAUCCGCGGCUUCUGCCUGCCGCCGCACUGCAGCCGUGGAGAGAGACGUGCAGUGGAGAAACUCUCCGUUGAAGCUCUUGAUUCUCUGUCUGGAGACCUGAAUGGGAAAUACUUUGCCCUGAAAAACAUGACUGAGGAAGAGCAGCAGCAGCUCAUCGAUGACCACUUCCUGUUCGACAAGCCAGUUUCCCCUCUGCUGCUGGCCUCUGGGAUGGCCCGGGACUGGCCUGACGCCAGAGGAAUCUGGCACAAUGACAACAAGACCUUCCUGGUUUGGGUGAACGAGGAGGACCACUUGCGUGUGAUCUCCAUGCAGAAGGGAGGCAACAUGAAGGAGGUGUUCACCCGGUUCUGUACAGGCCUCACCACGAUCGAGAACUUGUUCAAGGAGAAGGGCCAUGCCUUCAUGUGGAACGAGCACCUGGGCUACGUGCUCACCUGCCCGUCGAACCUGGGCACCGGCCUGCGAGCAGGCGUGCACGUCAAGCUGCCCAACAUGAGCAAGCAUGCCAGUUUCGAAGAUGUUCUGAAGAAGCUGAGGCUCCAGAAACGUGGAACCGGUGGCGUAGACACAGCCGCAGUGGGCGGAGUCUUCGACGUCUCCAACGCCGACAGACUGGGCUUCUCCGAGGUGGAGCUGGUCCAGAUGGUGGUGGACGGUGUCAAGCUGCUGGUGGACAUGGAGAAGCGGCUGGAGAAGGGAGAGUCCAUCGACGACUUGAUGCCCGCCCAGAAGUGAACGCCUCGCCCACAACCUUCCUCCCCAGCAGCCCCCCUCCCUCCUCCUGUCUGAGUGGUCUGGAUUUGUUCCUGUAUUUAAAACACCAGUUGAAAUAAAAUGAUCAGGCGGUGCGGUGGUUAGCACUGGCGCCUCACAGCAUUCUGGGCAGAAAUCUCACGUAUGGAGUUUGCAUGUUCUCCCCAUGCUUGCAUGGGUUUACCCCGGGCACUCCGGUUUCUUCCCACUCUUUAAAAACAUGCAUGUAGGAUAAUUGGCGGCAAGAAAUUUAGUUUUAGGGAACUAAAACACUUGUAAUGGAACCUGCCCUCCUGGUGCGCUUAAUUCUGGUACCUUUUUUGCUGAGGGUUUUCUCCGGGUACUCCGGUUUCCCCACCGUCAAACAGUGCAUGGAUUGGAGAGACUAAAUUGCCCUCAGGUGUGACUGGUCCGGUCAGCUGCGUGAGACUGUCCAGGGUGUGCUGCUAUUUCACCGUAGGCUGAGACUCUGCCCCUCCCCUCCUCCGUGGCCCCUGUAACCAGGGGCACAAUCGUGGGUCCUGUUCACAACCAAACAUCACUUAAGCAAUUCAGUAUCUCCUGUACUUAAAACUUGACAUGCUUUGAAAUAUCAGAAUAAAAGUGUAACCUGUGAAGCAGUUUGUCAUUUACGAACACUAUUUAAACUGUUGGAAUCUGAAACUGGUCUUAACCUGAAAAUGAGCUAAAUAAAGUUUCCAACCUUGA